AUGGAGAUUCAUGCAACAGCUGAAAUGUUAAUGUGGACAGCUCUGGCUUCAGCAGAUGCAAUGCUAGUUCUCAUCUUAACACGAAGCCGACGAAAGGCAGCAACCAACAGUCGUAUCCCACCAGGACCCCCUGGAUGGCCAAUAUUGGGUAAUAUCCUUGAUAUUGGCUUCAAGCCACACAAAACCCUAGUAGAUUUCAAAAACAAAUAUGGCCCAUUGGUUUGGCUACGGUUAGGAUCCGUCAAUACUCUUGUUGUAUGCUCGGCGGAAGCUGCCAUGGAAAUGUUUAAAAACCACGAUCAUUCCACAUGCAAUCGCCACUUGAAUGAGACACCGAAGAUCGGUGGGUCUUACACCGGCACCAUCACACUUGGUGAAUAUGGUCCAUAUUGGAGAAUGUUGAGGCGUCUUUGUGCCACUGAACUUUUCUCUCGCAAGCGUAUUAACCAUACCGCCCCUUUACGUAGAAGAUGUGUUGAUAAGUUGAUGAAAUGGAUAUCUGAUGAAGCCAAAGAACAGUCAGAGCACGGGGUUGAGCUUGCACGUUAUGUUUUCGCUACCUCAUUUAAUGUCAUUGGAAAUCUAAUGCUUUCUAGAGACCUUGUUGAUCCUAAAUCUAGCAAAGGAAAUGAAUUCUUCAAUUUGACUUCUGAACUGACGGAGCUUACAGGGAAACCUAAUCUAGCUGAUUUCUUCCCUAUCUUACGUUGGUUCGACCCACAAGGAUUGAAGAAACAGACAGAGCAAAAACAAAUCCAAGUUCUUAACAUUGUUGGUAGCUUCGUCGAAGGACGUCGCCGCCAAGACACUGAAGGGAAACAAUCCCACAACAAGGAGCAAAAAGAUUUCUUGGAUGUGUUGAUGGAAUUUGAAGGCAACGGAAAAGAUGAACCAGCUAAGAUUACUGACAAAAAUCUAAAUACAUUUAUACUGGAAUUAUUUGUCGCUGCAACAGAGACAACAAACAGCACCGUGGAGUGGGCAAUGACAGAACUCCUCCGACAACCAGAGGCAAUGAAGAAGGUAAAAGCUGAAAUUGCCAAAGUUGUGGGUUUUGAGAGAAAGUUAGAAGAGAGCGAUAUUGAAGAUUUACACUAUCUAGACGCGGUGAUUAAGGAGACAUUAAGGUUACAUCCUCCAGCUCCGUUGCUCAUUCCUAGAACUGCUAUGAAAGAUACCGAGUUAAUGGGGUACGUUAUACCGAAGGACACACAAAUUUUCGUCAAUGUUUGGGGACUUGGAAGAGACCCAAGCAGUUGGGAAGAUGCUGAUUCGUUUAAGCCUGAACGGUUUAUAGCUGCUUCAAAUCUUGAUUACCGUGGACAGAACUUCGAGUAUCUACCAUUUGGAGCAGGUCGGCGUAUAUGGCUAGGGCUUCCUCUAGGACACCAAAUGCUUCACCUUGUGUUAGGUUCACUGCUCCAUUCUUUCGACUGGUCUCUUGCAAAUGGUGUCACUCCUGAGACUCUUGACAUGGGAGAGAAAAUGGGAACUUCACUAAGAAAGGACGUUCCCUUAAAAGCAAUACCAAAGCCAGUGUUGUCAGUGUAA